UGUAAUGUCCACCUCGGGGUCCAUCUGUACACUCAUCAGGCGGGAGUAUAAUUAUACUAAAGUACUCUAUCUGGGUAUUGGCGAAUUACUAGUAUCAUUUCUGCUGUAUGAAAUAGUAUAUUUAGCGAAGAUUGAUCAACAAUGGCAUGGUUUUCAAAAAGGAUAAUUUUCUUUUUGUUCAUCGUCGUUUCAACAUUCCUGUUCAUCAUUCUCCAGUUUACCAACAUCUCAGAUCUUAUUUCCAGCCCAUCUGUUAAAACACAAUCCACCUCAGAACAUUAUGGAAAUAGACCGAUUAAUAUACAUGAAAUACAAGUGAACGCAGAACAUGGGAAAGGGGAGGGGAGAAAUAAGGAACAUACUAAAACCAACAAGAGGAAACGAGAAAGAAAUAAUGGAGUAGGGUCCAAGGCAAAUCUUAGACCAAACUGGAACGGAAAUGCUUCAUCAAUAUUUCCCCCCAACAAUGAGCCGAAGUACAACAUUGUAUUACGAAAGGCAUCGGAACCCUAUUAUCCUAACGUGUUUCAAUAUGAUGGGGAAGGAAACAUUCUGUAUUUGAAGAAGAACGAGAUGACAACCAUGAGACCCGGCGCCACCAAAGAACUUGUCUUAUCUGCUCCUGAGUUGUUCGAUAAAAUUCCCACCCGAUUUCUGGAUAACUUCAAGAAUCCAUGCUGGCUUCGAGAAGGGAAUGAGUUGAAUUGCCUACCGUACUUCUACAUCAUUGGCAUGUACAAGUGUGCAACCAGUGAUAUUUGGGACAAGAUUGUUCAACAUCCAGACAUCUCGAAGGCUGCCAAGGAACCCCAUUGGUGGGGACCAAGAAGACACGGCUACACAGUCAGUAGAGUCUUUCGCCAAGUAGUAUUACGUUCUCGUAACGUGACCGGAGGUAUUGACGAUAGCUCUUUAGAGUGGUAUCUCAACAUCUACAAAUUUGAUGUAAUUCGUAGACUUCUCGAAGGAAAGGAAAAAAGAGGAAAUCAAUACUACUACCCGAUGGUCUAUGGUGAUGCUUCGAUAUCUACCGCUUCUGCCAUGGGGCUGGAAUGGAUUGAACAAUACCCGAACGCUAAAGAACCACCAUACACUAACGCUGAUCUUAUCCGAGCUCUUCAACCUAAUGCAAAGAUUAUACUCAUGGUGCGGAACCCCACUCAUAGGGCUAUUUCAUGGUGGUGGUACAGUCACAAAUCUCAUAUCCACAGCCUCAAAAGUCCAUAUUCUGCGAAGACUUUACACGAACAAAUAGUCAAAUACAUCGAGUGUUUUAAUGAUUGUUUGAAGGAGCACAAUCUCAGGUAUUGUGUCUACGCAGCCGGUUGUCCUUAUGAAUUAAUUCCCAACAUUCAAGUUGGAAUUUACCAUGUGUAUCUCCAAGAUUGGAUAAGAGCUUUCUCACGUGACUCAGUACUCGUCAUUCGAGUGGAAGAUUGGCACACCAAUCAGGCUGAGCUCUACAGAAAAGUUAUGGAAUUCUUAGAUUUAAGGCAACUGACGCAGAGUCAAUUUGGAGAGAUAAUGGACCGUGAAACAAAGCAUAUCACUGAGAAAAAUCACGAGGAUGCUUGGCCAGAGACUGUCAGUCUCCUUGAUAGUUUCUUUCAUCCCUAUAAUAAGGAGCUGGCAAAACUUAUGGGAGAUGACAAGUUCUUGUACCUAUGAAUCAUUUUUUCCCAUAUAGACAUAAUGGGCAAGUCCAAAGGCUGGGGGGGCAAAGUAUCAAAUUAAUGCAGAAAAUAAUGUGCCUCAUGCGCUAAUUUGAUUUCACAAACCUUUAGUUUCAUAAGUGUUCACAAGAUCAUAAAGGCCUUUCAAACUGUUAUUUUGCUUUUGGUUUUACCAAUUUCCUCGAGAUCUCAAACCUAACAGGGGCAGAUUCUACAACAUAGUAAAUCUAGUGCAAAUGACAAUGAACAGUUGAGAGUUCUUAGUCGAAAAUCAGUAAGCCGGGACAGUUGAUCAUCGUAAAAUUCUGAGCUGAUGAAAAAUAGCAAAUGUUGUUUGUCCAGUCAAGGACGACACGGACUGCUUUGUCAUGAAGGGCUUUUGAUAAUAGAUCGUCUACAUUUCAGGAUGCGUCUACGUAGUGGUUGUGAAAACUCCCUAUUGAAAUUGACUGGAGACAAGAAAACAACCUAAGGGGUUCUUUGAUAUAUUUUCAAGAAAUCCAAAAUCUAUGAUGAGGUAAAUAUCUAUGCAUUUCCAUAUUCCAAAGGCCAUAAGACAUUAAGUUUACUCCUUAUAAAAUGCAACACGAGUAACACACAUUUUUUUUAUGUAGACAUACUACAAAAAUAAAAAUAUUUUUCUGACCUAAAAAACAUGUUUGUAAAGCACAGAUAUUGUGCUAAAGAAUGUGCUUAUGUGAGGGGAUUAUGGAAUGUACACGAUUACUUAGAGAUUGUGGAAAUGUAAUAUAAACUGUGAAAUUACCCAUUACAUGUAUGUCCUCCGCAUCCAUCUAUCAUUGUCCUUUACUCAUGUUAAAUUCUUCAUCUCUCCCUCUCCUUAUUUUGCUUACUCUCUCUCAAAUGUAUUCUUUCUCCCCCCCCCCCCGGCAUUAUGUUGAAUCACUGACCUUUAUUAAAAAUCUUGAUAAUGUUAACUAUUCCAUGGGAUUCCAUGAAUGUUGAAAUACUGUAUGUGCAUCAUUUUUAUGUAUAUUUUCCCCAUUUUAUUUUUCUGAAAUAAAAAUUUGAAUAUUUCGAGACUCAGAGCAAUUUUAUCUAUUCAUUUGAUUUUGUAAAAAAGGUAUUAAGUGAUGCAAUAAAAAGGGUGUUCAAAUUUAAAAAAAAAUGUAUAUAUUCAGAGGAUACUGGAUAUUAUUGGAAGAACCAUGCAAUGAACAAAUACACUACAAAUUAAGAGUCAUUUCAAAUUUUACAGCCAGCCCAUACGCAUAGGACUGUUUUAUUCAUUUCUUCCCUUGUUUGACAAAACACACAAUUGAUGUUACAAAUAUAGAAAUACCACAAGACAUCUUGUUCAAUUACAUGCACAUCAUAAUGAAGUAUGGAUAAACAGAUACAUUGAUAGUCUAUUUCAUAGUCAUUACAGGGUACACAUAAAAGUCCUACACUUGAGUAUUCAUCUGUAAAAUGUUAUCAUUCAUGAAGUGUCACCUUUUUAUGCAACUAUAAUUUCCAUAUGAACUUACAAUGGGCGUAGGGCAUUAUCACUUUAUAUGGAUAAUAGUGAGGUUUGGUGUUGGUAAUGGUGUUGUGGAUACAAAUUGGGAUGCUAAUUCAUGCUUAAACACUGAUUCGUAUUAGUGCGAUACAAGAAAUAUCUCAGUAUCACAUAAUCACUAGUUCAACACGUAUGUCAAUCCUAGCACCAACUUCACUUCAUAUUCUGUGUUGUGCUUUGUGCAAAUUUGACUUAACACUACCAAUAUCAGCUUCAACACUAAACUUGAUUAAAAUCACCCAGUGUUUGCUACAAAUGGAUGAUGACAUACACAUUUUUCUGUGACAGUGAGACAUCUUUUCAAUUGAAUUUGAAUUCAACACUGCUGGUACAUUCAGGCUCUUUUAUAACAUGGUACAUGUAUCUCAUAUCUAUAUGAAUUCCUUUUUUAGGUAAAAUGAUUUCAUUGAAUCAGUGUCAAUUUUAUAGCAAAUUUUGUUUAUUUCUUCAAAGUAUGCUGUAAUAUCCAGAGCUCAUUAAAAUAUAUACAACUCUAAGAAUUUAUCACUAGUUUAAGAUUCUAAUUAAAACAUUUAAAAAUGACAAAUCUAAAAUAAUUUUAAAAUAUAUAAACAUAAUUGCCAAUCAAUUCCGGUGACAUGUUUAUUAACAAAAUAUAUAGCAAUUGCUUCCACAGAAGUCACAUGAAACCCAUAAUUGGAAGCCAAAACAAACAUAAUUGGAAAGAUACAUGUAUGAAGAAUAAGAAUACACCAAUUCAUGUUUCAUGCAUUUUCAAUGUACAUGUAUGCUGGCUCAUCAUUUUCCUUUAGAAGCACUGAAAUUUGUGUCUACAAAACUGUGCUCCCCACUGACCUGAAUGCUACAAUGUCAUCUUAUGUAAACAGAAAAAAUAGAGUUGUGAUUAUGCCCAUUUAAAUGUACAAGUAGAUAAGCUUGAAUAUUCUUUUAUUUUCCAAAUUACAAAUUAAAAAUUUUAGAAACAAUUUGCAUAAGAAACAACUUAAAUUAUUUCUUCCUCAAGUUGAUGAAACCUACAGCUCUCAUUCCAUAUAAAAGGCAAAGUUUUUAAGCAGCUUUUUAAUGGAAUAUCUAUAUUCAGAGUGAAUGAAAUAGUUACAUCAAUCAUGGACAAUUAAGAUGCAAACAAAGAAAUCACAAUAGCAUCAAGAGUCCUAAGUUUCUAAAUAUUAGUCUAUUACAUGUAAUUCUUAAAGGUGCAAAUUAUUUGGAAUAAAAAGUCAAAUUUGUACUUAAAUCUGGGAUGAAUAAAAUAAUCUAUCCUUCCUACAUACCAAUCACAACUCUCUUCACAUUAGAUAUCAUAAAAUCCUGGCUGUUGGGUAACAUGAUAAAGACCAUUUCCAAGGCUCGCAUUCAUAAGACAAAUACUCAACUGAUAAGCUGCCAAAAAACUUGCCUACUUGUGUAUUUUUAUAUUAGCUUUACACUGACAUAUUGUCUUAGUUUUUACAAUUUUUUUUUAAAAAGACAAAGAAAAUCAUGUUGAUCGUUUCCUAACUAAAUCUGUAACAUUUCUAUCAAAGUCUUUACAUUUCAUAUUUGCAAAUGAACAAGAGAAAUAAUGAACUGGAAACAAUACAGAUUAAACUUUUUUUUAUUUAUCAACCAGAUUUAAUGAUGUGAUAGUGUCCAAAAAUGCUACAUACAUGUAUUGUACACUGUAAAUUGUGAAAUGUAAAUGCCAAACUUUUUUCUUUUUUUGUUUUUAAAUACAAAUUCAGGACCCUCAAUGGAGAAUCCCUUCAUUAAAAGAAACUUUCAUUAGAAGGAUAUGUUUAUUAAUUGAGGAUAUAUAAAAUCACAAAUGUGUACUUCAAUCCUUAAAGCAAACACUAGACAGAGUGCCAUAUAUAAAGAUGGGUGGUAACCCCAUCAUGGUAAUAUCUGGACACCAAUCUUGACUGAAGAAUUGGAAACAUAUCUACUGCCUAGUCAUUGAUACACCGUGGAUGAGUGUCUUCUACGUGAUGGUAUUCAUACGUAUGUGUUACAGUCGCUCACACCUCUAUGAAAGAUGGGAAAGCAUGUGACUGUUGACAAAUGGGGAGGGUCUUACUGGACACACCUCCAAGUAUCAUAAUGAACAUGCCUCCAAGUAUCGAUAGACAAAGGGGGAGAGCCUGGGAGGGUCAUAUUGGCCACACCUCCAAGUGUCUGCAGACAAAAGGAGGGGUCAUAUUGAACACCAGGCUGAAAACAAGACCCUUUUCAACACUUUUUUGUGGAUGUGCUUUCGAUUUUAGCACGUACAUCUAUACAUGUAAAUGUAAUGUUGUGACUCCCCCCCCCCCCCCCGACAAAUAUUUUCCUCUGGGACAGAUUUGAAAUUAUGAAUGCAUUUCAAGUUCAUGCGAGUAUCACCUUACAAUUUAAAUAUAAACUUUUGAAUCAAGAGCAAUUUUACAAGAACCUCAUUUUGACAAUAUUACUUUUUUCACACUGACAUUGCCAUAGUACAAAACAAUUUCAACUUAAAAUCUGUAUCAUUAUGACAGAUUUUAAAGUUUUGCAUACUACUUUCUCAUAUUAAGACAUAUGUGACAUGAUGUCACUCUCUUCUAUAAACCCAUUCAAUUGGGAAUAUCUAUAUUUGGCUAUCGAAAUUGGGCUAACAAAAGAUUAUAUUAUCACUGCAAACAAACUUUAUGAAAAUGGGAAUGAUUGUAUCCGAUUCACAGGCUUUGGUAAUAAGUUCUUAGAGUUCCAUAUAAUAUAUUCAUUCUGGAAAACUUCUCGGUAAAUAAUACAUCAAAACACUGGCAUAACAUUACAUUUAAUCAAGGACAAAAGCAAUUCAGGCAGUACCAACAGGACUGACAUUUUACAAACAG